GAGGUGUGGCCCGGGGAGCGGGGCAUGCCGGGAGGCGCGGUGCCCGGGCGGGCUCGGCCCUCGCCCGGCGGCGGCUGAGAGGCGGAGCGGCGGUGGGUCGCGAUGCUGCGGCGGAAACCGACGCGGCUGGAGCUGAAGCUGGACGACAUCGAGGAGUUCGAGAGCAUCCGGAAGGACCUGGAGAGCCGCAAGAAGCAGCGGGAGGACGCGGAGGUGGCGGCGGCCGGCGAGGAGGCGGCGGCGGCGGCGGCCAUCGCGCUGGGCGCCGACCACAAGAGCCGGGAGCAGAUCAUCAAUGACCGCAUCGGCUACAAGCCGCAGCCCAAGGCCGGCGGCCGCGCCGCCCAUUUCGGCACCUUCGAGUUCUAGCGGCGGGGGCGGCCCGGCCGACCGGGAGACGGCGCCCGGGGAGCCGCCAACUCCCCCUCGCCAGCCGGGAGGGGCCCCCAGGCCGGCGGGGACGGGCCUCUCCCUCCCUCCUUUUUGCUGUUUUCUUUGGUUGGGUUGUUUUUUUUUUUUCUUUUUAAGUUUGUCUGGUUAACAUGCCCGUGAAUGCCCCUUGGCCAAGUGUUUUGUUUUAAAUAAAUAUGUCUCUUUUAAAAAAAAAAAAAAAAAAAGUCACACAAGCUGCUUUAAAUGCCUGUGGAGGCCAUGCAGGCAGGGAUGGAAACCCCGAGCCCACCAGUGUUUCUUUCACCUGUGUGCACCCCGAUACAACGGGGAGGUAAAACACUGCCUCUGUGGAAGGAUCUUCUGGGCAUCUCUUGACUUAGUAAUCUUAAAAAUGGAGACAUAGAAUGUGUUCAUUUAAACCUUUAGCCCUGUAAGUUGCCGACCCCACUAAGGAGAAGGCAUUGGGGAGCCUCAGGUUAGUGUUUUACAGGCCUGUGUGAAUAAAGGCAGUGGGUGCCCCAGGCAAUGCUUCCCCGAGA